AAUAAACCGGAAGUGGCGUUGGUCUAUUUCCGGCAGAGGAAGGCGAGGCGGUGAAUCGGGAGUCUUCUGUGUCUGAGGACCCUUUGGGAAGGAACCCUUUUUUCUGAGGAAGCAGGAAGCCCCCUUGAGCCUCCGCCAUGGCGAUGCAAGCGGCGAAACGCGCCAACAUCCGUCUGCCCCCAGAAGUCAACCGAAUUUUGUAUAUCAGAAACUUGCCGUAUAAAAUUACAGCUGAAGAAAUGUAUGAUAUAUUUGGAAAAUACGGACCUAUUCGACAAAUCAGAGUAGGAAACACCCCAGAGACCAGAGGAACAGCCUAUGUUGUCUAUGAAGAUAUCUUUGAUGCCAAAAAUGCUUGUGAUCAUCUGUCGGGGUUCAACGUGUGCAACAGAUACCUGGUCGUCUUGUACUAUAACGCAAACAGGGCAUUCCAAAAGAUGGAUACAAAGAAGAAAGAGGAACAGCUCAAACUUCUGAAGGAGAAAUAUGGAAUAAACACAGACCCACCAAAAUGAGACUCUUAGCCUUCAUGAGCAACUGGGUCUUUUGGACACUUAAAAUAAAAUCCCAUGGUUUUUUCUCUAGACCAAUAAUGAGGAUAUCUCCAUAUGUGCAUACCUAGUUUGAAACACUGGUAUUUCUAGUUGUUAAAUUUAACUCUUAUACUACUUGGUAAUCCCAGGUUUGAAAAGACUUGUCACUGGUAUGUAAAUACAGUGACCAGGACACUGAAAUUAAGAAUUGCCAUGGUGUUUGGUACCCUUCUGUUGAAAUGCUCAAUAUUUCAAAAGUUUAUCAAAUGCUUUGUAAAUCUUUAAUGAUAUAAUCGUUUAACCAUUACAGUCAGGAGAAUGUGUAAAAUAUAUUGGCAUUAAAUGCUAUAUUAAAUCAGUUAAGGAAAACAUACAUUUUAAAAUGCUGUUUUGGUAUCUCUGCAAAUGUAUCCUAAGUGUAUCCUUAUUUGUCUUCUCUAAAUGUGUGUUGUGGGGGGGAACCAUCUAAUGUACCUUCAGAGAAUUGUAAAUGGGAUAAUUUCAUGUUAAUAAAAAUGAGGUGCGGAAGUAGGAAAUUCUGUUAAUUUUCCUUACACCUAUUUUGUGCAAGGACAAAAUUCAUCUCAAUAAUAGAUGACCAAAUAAGGCUGCUUCAUCCCAACUUGCUAGAAGCUCUUGUAUUUUCAGGAGUUCUGAUGCUAAAAAGAACUACCAGCACUAGAUUUUACUGCAAUGGUCCAGUUUGUUGUGUUCUGCUUCUGUUCUGAUGUUGCUUCCAGACCACAAGAGCAAGGGAGGUCACAAGUUACAAAGCUCUUCAUAUUCAAGCUCUCAAAAAAAAAUGUUGUGGCAACGUUGAGAAAACUGAAUCUUUAUUAGCAUCAAUUUGGUCAUUCGGUAUUAAAGCAGGUCUGAUUUUUCCAUUUUGAUAGUAGAUAGUUUGCUUUUCUAAAUGAUGGUGUUGUUUUGCAAUCAAAUCCCUUAGAUGUUAAGGCUUCAGUUAAUUAUUCUGUAUUCUUCCCUAUUAAUAGUUUAAAAAUGACCAUCUUCUGUUAUUAAAAUUGACCUUUUUUGGACUUUAGGAAUGUUGCUAAAUGCUACCAAAUGUGUGUUUGUGUUUAGUUGAUGUCUUAGAAUGAACUAAUACUUUUGAUGCAA